GUUUGAUUUCUCCGGAAAGUCUCUCUUUUUGGAGACUACAGUGACUAAUCCGGCGCCACUUUUCCUGAAGACAUUACCAAAACUUCGGAGUAUGCCGUUAGGAGAGUGCAGGUUUGAGGGUACUUAAGUAAAUGGGCUUCCAUUUCUGAAGCUUCUAAUUUUCCCACCAUAGUUUUGGGCACUAGAGAGUGGAGAUUGCUCCUAAAACCCUAGAAACCUCUUGAGCCAUGGAGAUGCAGGAUUCGUUCCAGGUUCAUAGGAUACCGCAAUCGAAGUACGUAGACGGAGUUAGAUGGCUCCCACAAGCUUCCGCUUUGAAUCGUUUCUUCGCAGCAGCUUUCCAUGACCCGGACUGUGAAUCUUCGUCAAUCGAGAUCCAAUCGCUUGACCCGAACCCUAGGGGGAAUCCGAGUAAUAACCCAUCAGUAGAUUCGUUAUCUGCAUGGACUUCACCUUCUCGCGUUUCGUCCCUGGAAGUCGCCGGAAGCAGCGGCGGAGGCGGCUCCUUCAAACCAAUGGUUUCGGCAGCCACGUCUUCCGGUUCGCUCCACGUUUUGAUGGCUGAUCUGGUGGAAGGAGCUGCGAUUGAGGAGGUUUACGCGGCGGAGGGAGAGAGGUUUCACGUGGGACGCGUGGAGGGUGUGGAUUGGAGGGAGGCUGGAGAAUGUGUGACGGUCGGUGAUGAUGGGAGAGUGAAUGUAGUGACGGUUUCGAAUGGUGAAGGGCUAAGAUACAGAAGGGUCUUUGACGGGAACGGUCUGGUGGCUUAUAGAGCCGUGAAAUGGGCGUCUCCGACUGAGUUUGUCACUGGAGGAUACGGUUUUGGUCUGCAAUUGUGGGAUCAGAGGAAGCCUGGUGAAGCUGUCUCGCAGCUCAAAGGAAACUGGUUUCAAGGCAAAACUUCUGCAGUUGUACACUCCAUUGACAUUCAUCCAUCCAGAAAGCACACUUGCAUUGCAGGAGGUUCUUCAGGUACUAUUUUUGCUUGGGAUCUUCGGUGGCCAAAGCAACCCAUCGUUCUUUCUGGUGUUGGAUCAAGUGAGAGUGUAAACAAUCCUCUGUCUGAAAGUGAGGUAUGGGAAGUUCAAUAUGAUUCAUACACAAAAUCCAACAUCUCAUCCUCAAGGAUUCUCCCUGUUAUGACCUGCUCUGAAGAUGGCAUCCUUGGUAUCAUCGAGCAAGGGGAAGAACCGAUCGAGCUUCUGGCUGAACCUUGUGCCAUUAACAGUUUUGACAUCGACAGACAAAAUCCACAGGAUGUGAUAUGUAGCUUAGAAUGGGAAUCAAUAGCAGUCUUCUCAAGGCCUUAGCAAAUAAAAUCAGAUCCCUGAUAUGGAACCGUGCACGGUAAAAUAUGUUUUUGGUUUGCUUCUCUGAGCCACACAACAAAGUAAUGAGGAAGGUGGUGGACCUGGUGGUCAUAGAUGGUGAGAGACAAGUUUUAAAGACGAAAAAUGUUGGAAUAAACAAAAUUGAAUGUGUUAUAGUUUCAUUAUAACAAGAAGUUCUCUUAAGUAUACAAUAUGUAUCUUAACACUUGAGUUAGCGCAAUUCAAAGAUUUUCGAUAAUCCUUCUCUA